AUGACAUGCAAAUUCAUAGGGAGGCCAUCAGGGCAAGCACCGGAGAACAAAAGCCAAUAUGGAACCACUUUCUAUGAUGAUUGCUUCACCUGUUCGAGUGGGAGGAGAUCGACGCCAAUCUGCUCUUCAUCCCAGCCAACAGCCACCACAACACAAGCACCGAGAUGUGCCAUCUUCUCAAAUGUAUUGUAUGGGCGUACUGAGCACGUAGGGAAGGGAGGUGGAGGCAAUGCCGUAAUGGUGAUGGGGCUAGAGAAAGCUGACGCGCAUAGCGCCUCGUCUCUGGCGGCGUCGCCUGGUAUUGGUAUUGCUGCCGGUGGGGUGAAAAAUGCCAACGCCAGUGGUCCAGUGAGGCAAAAACGCUCGCCUCGUUGCUACACACCCGUGCCACGUCGCGCUGGGCUCGCCGGCGGACUGCGCCUGUGCCGGUGGCACGCACUCGUGGCGGCGUUCGCUGGGAGCUACAUCCGUGUGGCGGCGUGCUCGGCUCGCUGCGCCACGCCAGCACUUGCAGUCCGUGGUGGCGGUCAUGUACGGCUGGCCUGGCCCUAG